UUCCCACACUAUGGAGAAAAGUCUGAAUGGCAGCCAAUAUAAAUGACUGUCUCGUGUCCUGUUCAAGUCAGCGAAAGGAAAGCACGCCCGCAGAACGUACGGCAAUCGCCUAUACUAAGAUAAGUGAUCAUGAAAGCUUCUCUGUGGCUUACGUUCCUGGGCCUUACAACAGUAGCCUAUGCUGCUACAGUUGUUCCAGCUGGUGAAAUCAAGGUGCCACCGCCGGCUGAAGAAAACAAUGCAGAUGUCGCUGCGAAAGCGGGCAAGAAACUCGAAGCUCUCGGACGCGUGAUGCAAGGCAAAUUGUCUGAAAGCAGCGCCGAAGCCCAGCGGGAAGUUGCCGAAGCACUUGAAGCUCUCGCUGCUGGGGAAGCGGCGCUAGACAAGGAGUCCUCCGAGUACUGGGUGGGAGUAGUAGUGCGUGGAGUUAUCGGGGGCGCUGUUGCCCACGGCAUCGACAGGUGGAAGCGCAGGAAGGGUUAAUAAAUAGUUUCUCCAAA